UCGAGUAAUGGAGAGAGGGACAGGUUGGGGAAGUGGUCGGGCGGAGAUAGAUACGAGACCAGCGUUUGGGUCGGUGAAAGAAGCUGUGGCCAUGUUCGGAGAAAAAGUUUUAGCCGGAGAGAUCUAUGCAACUAGGCUUAGAGAGAUACGGACAAAGGGAACAAAACCGAUUGAUCCGAGUCCUCUAUCAAGACUACGAUCUCUAACACUCGAGCUCGAUAAGACAAGAGAAACUCUUACAAGAACACUACAACUAAACACCAUCCUCUCCAACAGAAUCAAAUCUCUAACGCAAGAACUCGAACGUGGGAGGAAGGAGAUGCAACAACUCAGCAGGACGAGGUCGAGUCGUCUAGACAAUCCGGAGAUUGAGGAGCUCAAGUUCGUGGAACAGCAUCAAACGACAAAAACGUGUAAAGAUGUUAUUGAGGAAGAGUUUGUAUUGACGGAGGAGCUAGAGAAGAGGAGACUCGUGACAUUUGCGAGCUCGCCUUUGCUGACACGUGUGAUGUCAAGCGUCAGGGACGAAGAUGAGAGGAAGAUGAAAGAGAAGGAUUUUGAGAAAGACUGCUCAAUCAAGAAGACAAAAUCGAAGAGGGGUUUUGCUCCGUUCAUGGGAUGGUUUAGAGCAAACCGAGGAGGACAUGACUAAAUCUAAUAAAUGUCCAAAACAAUGCUUGGUCAUGUAUAUUCGUUAUAUGAUUUUACAUCGUUAUAUAAUAUAGU